AUGUCUGAAAGAGCAGCUGCUCAUUUGACGAGUCAGAUGAUGAAACUUGGUAUGCGCGAAAACGCCUCAAACGCUACACUCCAGGAUAAUGACAGCAUCAAUACAUUAACAUCACGCGGUGGCAAAAACUCAGUCUCGCGGGACACAGAGCCACGCGACAUGCGCGAGACUCUGUCAACGGGCGGCGAGUCACCAGAUCUUCUCGCCACGUCCGUUGGUGUGGACUCCCAGGGAAAUUUGAUCACCUCUGCAUCUAAUAUAUCAUUGCUCUCGCUCAAUCAGCAAGUUGGAACUAUAUCAGCCACAUCAGGCAGUUUCCAGCGAAAUCUGAACCAGCACCGGCUACCUCUAUUGCAAACAUCGUCAUCUUCAUCUAUCCCGCAACAAGGACAAGCCUACCGCAAAUACUCAUUCACAUCGCCAAAAGGUACCACCAGAACCACUCAACCUGUGGCUAUUCUUGCUGCGCCGGAUUCCCCUUCGUUGAUACCCACAUCGCUGGCCGCCUCGCCAUCCAACUUCAAUCUGAACCAGUCUUCUCCGCCCAAUUCCUUCAAGUCACGAAGUUCUUCGUAUCUUGCUGGAUCGAGUUUUAGACUCAAUAAUCGGUUUACUCCACAUUACCCAUUAACUAGAACAGAUUCGAUCCCCAACUCGAUUGGAGGCCGCUCGCCAGAGUUCCUUCCGUCUUCGUUGAACAUGCCUCCGAUGACCCCGCUUAAUUUGUCGGUUCCUUUCGCUUCCGAUGAAAGUCCAUUUGAAAACGAAAGUGACCAAAUCAGCCAAGUCAGUGUCAAGAGCAUCAAAAGCGCAGACAAAAGCCCAAAGGUUUACCAUUCCGAAGGUCCGGUUUUCGCCGAACAAAUACAGGAUUCAGACCUCUAA